GCCAUUUCAUUGGAUCAAACAUCAUAUUAUUAACAACAUAGUCCUCCUCAGUAAUUAAAUCGUGAUCGUGUGUGUAUAAGUGAUUACUUAAGUUAUUACGGUUAUAAUCAUGAGUACUAGUGCUAUGAAUAUGUUGAUAUUAGUAGCGUCCACGCUACUAUUUGCUCAAAUUCAAGCGCAAUAUAACUCAUUACAAGGAACGAAUUACAAUAUUGGAGAUCAAAGCCGCCAAGAAGUGGUGGAUAACAGUGGUAAUAUUCGUGGACAAUAUAGUUACGUCGAUCCAAAUGGCAAAACUGUUACUGUACGUUACACCGCUGGUCAAAAUGGUUUUCAAGUAGAAAAUGGUCCUGCUGCUGCUCCAUUAUCACGACCACAAGUCUUACAUUCUGGUUUUACCUAUCGCCCAGCGCCAGUGCCACAACCUCAAGCUCAAGUCUUACAACCUGGUGUCAGCUAUCGUGGAUUACAAAUAGGGCGUUCAAAAUAUUUAGGUCAAUUGUUCCGACAAGCUCCAGCAAAUACUCAACCUGCUUAUACUGCAAAACAAUUAGAAAAUUAUCAAAAUGCCUUAGCUGAAGAUAAUAAUCAAUUGACAGAUGCGACACCAGCACAAUUUCCAAAUAAUUUACCAGCUCCCGCAGCACUUGUAGGAGGUCAAGUGACACAAGCUGGUCCAUCACAAUUUCAACAAUUUCAAUUUUUACCACAAAAUACUGGUUUAAAUACUCCAUCAUUAUUCCAAACAACAAAUAAUUUGAAUUCAGGAAAUUCAAUCCAAUAUGCUACAAAUCCAGCCCCUUUGUUGUUCCAACCAAGUACUAACCCAAAUGCAAAUUUACGUGAAAUUGCUCAAAAUCCAAUUCCACCAGAAUUUAAAGCCCCUCCACCAGCUCGUAUUGCAACACCCAUUACUGAAGAGGGUGACGAUGGUGCGGUAUUUGAUAAUCGAUACUUUAAUUUUAAUUUUUAGAUAAAUUUUUUAA